UGGGAUCGUGACCGGUCCGCCCAGCGGCGCCAUCCCAGGGUCCCCGUACCACCGGCUUAAGGCUGCGCGCGGCGACCCGCCCGCCCCGCCAGACUGCCUCCACUUGCGUCGUCCGUGAGCCACUGUGACAUCCGGUGUAUCCUCAGUUUGCAGUGCCCGGCCGUGCAGCAUUUCUCUAUUUUUUUUUCCCCCGGCGGAGCCGAAAGCCGCCCUUUGGGCCUCGCUUUGGCGCGGAGCGCGCUGAUUGGCCGCUUUGAACGGGCCCGGCGCGGCGCCAUUGGCGGAGCACGGCCGGGCGGCCGGUUCGAAUGCGCUGCGGCCCCGCCUCCGGCUCGCGCGGCGCUGCGGACGUGCCUGUGCAGCGACGGCGGCUCCGGCUCGUGCGGCGCGCGCGCGCAGCGGCUCCGCAGGGAUAACCACAGCAAUGGAUGAUUACACAAAAAUAGAGAAGAUUGGGGAAGGUACCUAUGGUGUUGUGUAUAAAGGUCGUCACAAAACCACAGGCCAAGUGGUUGCAAUGAAGAAAAUACGUCUAGAAAGUGAGGAGGAAGGUGUUCCAAGUACUGCUAUCCGAGAAAUUUCUUUAUUAAAAGAGCUGAAUCAUCCCAAUAUAGUCUGCCUUCAGGAUGUUCUCAUGCAGGAUUCAAGACUGUACCUCGUCUUUGAAUUCCUUUCCAUGGAUCUCAAGAAAUACUUGGAUAGCAUUCCAUCAGGCCAGUAUUUGGAGCGUUCACGUGUUAAGAGUUAUCUGUAUCAAAUUUUGCAAGGUAUUGUCUUCUGCCACUCAAGAAGAGUUCUGCACAGAGACUUGAAACCUCAGAAUCUCCUGAUAGAUGACAAGGGGGUGAUUAAACUGGCAGACUUCGGGUUGGCCCGAGCCUUUGGAAUUCCAGUGCGGGUCUACACUCAUGAAGUAGUGACGCUGUGGUACAGGUCUCCAGAGGUGUUGCUGGGAUCUGCUCGUUACUCUACUCCUGUAGAUAUCUGGAGCAUAGGAACCAUAUUUGCUGAGUUGGCAACUAAAAAGCCACUUUUCCAUGGGGAUUCAGAGAUUGACCAGAUCUUCAGAAUCUUCAGAGCUUUAGGGACCCCCAACAAUGAGGUAUGGCCUGAGGUGGAAUCCCUUCAAGACUAUAAAAACACAUUCCCAAAAUGGAAACCUGUCAGCCUUGAAACACAUGUCAAAAACUUGGAUAAAGAUGGACUUGAUCUGCUGGCUAAAAUGUUAAUUUAUGAUCCUGCAAAAAGAAUUUCUGGCAAAAUGGCCUUGAACCAUCCAUAUUUUGAUGACUUGGAUAAAUCCACUCUUCCUGCUAAUCUGAUUAAGAAAUAGACCUUUGGACUAAAUCAUCCAGGAUGAAAUAAUUGUGAUUACUUUUACUCUUAAGUCUGCAAUUUGUAUGUCUGUCUUUUUGCCCUUAAGAUUGGCUGUAUUCAGUUUGUUUUGAUUUAAGUGUUAUCUAAAUGUAAAUAUUAACCUGUUAGUGCUUAGUUCAAAUACAAUGCAAAUAUUGCUGCAAUUAAUGCAGUCAACUUUCUAUAAAUAAAGCUUUAACCCCA